GUACAUGCGUCAACUUAAAAAAAAAGACAUAACUGAGUAAACUGAAGUGAUCUAUAAAUAAUAGCUACAGCUAAUGCCUGUUUAAUAUCUAAAGAAAUCUUUCAUUUUGGUACAGUGAGCUAGAUACAUGUCAUACAUCUAAAAAGAGCCAUCCUUUCAAACAUGUGUUUGCUUUAAUGACAUAUGAAAAGCUUUCUGAUUUUCGGGUAAAACAAAGACGAGGAUGAGAGCAUGAUGACCUAAUAAAGUAAUUUGGCUGUUUUAAUUUACUGUUACACUUUGUGAAAGCCCUUUUCAAGUCCGGUAUAUAUUUCCCCAACUCAUCCAAGAAAAGUCAUAUCCAUACCCUUUCUUUCCUUCAUCACUAACUAAAAGAAUGAGUGCGAUACAUGUGGAAAAGCUGGGGAAAGCAGUUGUAUUGACUUAUGAUGAUCAAAGCCUUUUGAUCGAAGGCGAUCUGGAUACGAAAAAAAGAGCGAAAUCAUCUCGAACAUGUGGUUGUGUUCCAACAUUAGGUCUUACGCGAACAGAACCCACUCGUAUUAUUAACACACAUAUCUUGUAUGCUCACUAUAACGAUAGAACAAAUUUGAUUCAAAUUAACGCUGUCAUUCCAGACCAACCUACGACUGCACUUUUAAAUAUCUAUAAAUUCAUGUAUACCGUCAAGGACAACGGAGCUAAAGAAGCCAUUGAAUUUUGUAAAACUAUCAUGGAUUCAGUUUAUAAAGAUUUGAUUUCUGGAAAGCGACUGAAAAUCUUGGUCAAUCCUUUUGGUGGCCAAUCAAAGGCAAAGGAUAUUUUCCAGCUUCAAGUCAAACCUAUUUUAGAAGCAGCCAAAUGCAUAUUAGAUGUCCAACUGACAGAACAUCAAAGCCAUGCUUUAGAAAUUGCCAGGGACUUGGAUAUCGACGCCUAUGAUGCCAUUGUCACUGUCAGCGGUGAUGGUAUCAUCCACGAAGUCAUCAAUGGAUUUCUUCAAAGACCCGAUGCUCGAGAAGCCAUGAGAAAAAUUCCCUUGGGUAUCAUCCCUGCAGGUACAAGUAAUUCAUUUUCCAUCUCCAUGCUUGGUGAGAAACAAGGCUUUGAUCCGGUUUAUACCACAUUGCAAGUCAUCAAAGGUCGACCUUUAGCCAUCGAUCUAUGUUCGAUUAAUUAUGGUGAUGAACGCUUUUUUUCAUUCUUGUCGCAUAGUUUUGGUAUCUCUGCUUAUGCAGAUCUAGGCACAGAACAUAUGCGAUGGAUGGGUGAUACUAGGACAGUGGUAGGACUUUUGGGAGAGAUCUUUAAGAACAAAAAAUACAAAGUACAAGCAUCACUCUGUAUUGUCGAAUCUGAUAAAGCCAAAUUAAAGAAGAAUUAUGAUAUUGCAAAGGGUGGAUCAGCAUGGAUACCUGUGGAUCCAUCAACAGGAGCAGUUACGGAUACGAUGCCUCCGCUAAAUGAACCUGUGCCAGAUAAUUGGACGACACUAGAGGAAGAUAUUUCUUUUUUCCUGACAAGCAAAGUGCCAUUGUUAAAUCGUGGUAUGCUCAGUCAUCCAUACGCUUCUCCUAAUGAUGGACUGUUGGAUUUAUUAAUGGUUCGUAGUGGUAAAAGUCUUGCAAAACAAUUGAGUGUAUUCACAAAUAUUGAUACGGGAAAACACAUUGACUUGGACAUCGUGGAGUAUUCCAAGAUUAAAGCGUUUCGACUCACCCCAAUUUUAAAGCCUGGAAAAACAGCUUAUGUGUCUAUUGAUGGUGAGCACGCACCUGUCAAAACAUUUCAGGUGGAAGUUCACCCAUGUAUUGGAUCUGUCCUGAGUUUCUCUCCAUCAUUUUACCCUCAUAUUUAGUAAUUAAACUACCGCGCAUUAACACAACC